AUGGCUCGUGUUGCAGAAGAUAAUGUUGUGGUCGAAAAUACCGAUCCAAAAAAUAUUGGGAUUUUUACUCAAGUGCAGGCCAAAACAAUAUUUGGUUCAGGUCAAAAAAUGAUGGAUUUGCCUGUGGGUAGCACUAGUACUGGUAAUAAUAGUUUAGGAAGAAGCACAUCUUCAAGGAUCGACUCUAGAGCUGGUAGUGCUAUGUUAUUAAGGAAAAGAGGGGAAUCAACUUUAACACAUUUGGCUAACAUGAUUCAAGCUAUUGAAUCAUUCUAUCAUCCAAGUAAUUUUGGAAGAUGGACUUAUUCAAUUGUAAAAUUUCUACAAUAUCUUGGUUGGGAAUUCUUAAAAAGAUGGACUGACGAACAAAAGUCAGAUUGCAAAACACCAGUAUCACGGCGAUUAACUCCAGAAAUUAGACGUCAAUUUGUUCUAACGUUAAGAGGCGUUACCUUUUUAUCUAUGUUUGGAAAAGAUGCUAUGUCUGUUGGAUCAAGUCAAGCGUCACUCAAAUAUUUAGCUUGGUUGGAACCUUCGUUGAUCUUUCCUGGAUUGUUGGAACGCGUAUAUCCAUCAUUAGAAACCUUGACCGAGCCCCCAAACAACGAAAUCAAAUGUUUAUCUUCGCCUCUUAUGCGGGACAUUGUGUUAUGGCUUGCCAACAGCGCUUAA